AUGGCUGCCUACACCAUCAUUAUUCCAUUCCUUCCCCAGGUUAUUGAAUCGUAUGGUGGUCAUGAUACCGAUAUUGGUUGGUUGCUGGCAUGCUAUUCGAUUGGAUUGAUGACCAUGUCGCCAGUUCUUGGUAUUAUCAGCGACAAACUUCAAGGCCGACGACUGCCUAUGAUAUUUGGUCUUGUUGGUCUAAUUGCAUCUACCCUUCUGUUCAUGUUUGCCAAAACCUUUUGGGUGCUUGCUCUUGGUCGAUUACUGCAGGGAAUAUCUACUGGUACUGUCUGGACACUUGGUCUUGCCUUGGUUGCCGACACACAUGAUUCGAACGAUCUAGGAGCUGCAAUGGGAAUCAUAUAUGGUGCCUAUGCAGCUGGUCAGCUUGCUGGUCCACCUAUCGGAGCUGUACUAUACACUCGAGUUGGAUACCAAGCUCCUUUUAUCUUUUGUUGCUCCUUGACAUUGAUUGAUUUGAUAGUAAUGCUCAUAUAUGUAGAGCUUCCAAUUAGCAAGCCAUCUUUAGAGGCUGCAGACUUGGAUGAGACUUUUGACUCGACUGCGGUAAAGUCUGAGGAAAAUGAAAUGGCAGUUCAUGUUAAGUCCAUUUCUGAUGCCAAAACUGCAGAAACUCUUCCAAAAGUUCGAAAAGCUCCCGAAACCUUUUGGGAAAUUCUUACUCUUCCGCCCAUCAUUAUCAUCAGUUUGGUCACCAUUGUCAUGGGAUGUGCAACUGCUGCUUUUGAAUCUACACUUGCAUUGCAUCUACGUGACAGGUAUGGAUACGAUGUCGAGCGUAUCGGGUUGGUAUUUAUGGGUAUGGUGAUCCCAAGUUUAUUUUGUACACCGAUUGCUGGCUAUGUUUAUGACAGACUUGGAUUCCGUGUUGUAUCGGGUGUUGGUGUUGCAGUGUGUGCUGUGCUUGCACCUUUCCUUGCACUCUAUCAAGGCAUUGUUUCCUUUUUGAUUAUUCUCAUUACAUUCACCAUGUCAAUCUCGUCAAUUGGUAUGACUCCUAUGAUGCCUGAGAUCUCUGCAUGUGUUCCACGUAGCGCAUUUGCUCGUACCUACUCUCUCUUCAAUGUAGCAUUUUCUGGAGGACUGCUUUUUGGCCCAAUCGUGGGAUCAUUGGUAUACCAUGUUGGUGGUUGGUUCUGGGAAUGCAUAGUAUUAUUUAUUCUUUUGAUACUAUGUGUACCCAUGAUUUUCUUUUACAAGCGACCUGUGUAUGAAUAAUUCACGGACGCUUUUUUUUGGCUCAGCUCAGAUCUGCCAAUACAUGUUUUGUUGACUAUUUACAUUAAAAACACUUUUUAUCU